AUGACCGAGCCGGGGGGCUUGAGUGCCCCGCAGCUUCGCGCUCUGCUGGACAUCUUGGUCCAUCAUGAGACAUAUGCUGAGGCUCAAAGCUUCCAAAGUCCCCAGGCCAUCGAGCAAUAUGGGUGGCCUUUCGUUGAUCGCGGGAAAGAUGGCCGUCCAGCCAAACCACAUGAUUUGUCGUCAUCGCCAUUGCUCCAACUCCUUCUCACAAGACUGAUCUUGAGAGCACCGGCUGCGAGAGACCUAUCGGCCGAGUUCUGGCCGGUCAAAUUCAAGGGCAUCAUGAAGCGGUUUGGGGACGCUGAUCUAUCCGAUAGCUAUGACAAGGGCACAUUGGGCACUCGAAAGCGACUCGCCACUGCGGCGUCCGUUGUCCACGCGGCAGUUACCAGGGGGCUUCUCUCGGGCGUCUCAUGUGACCAUCUGCCGAACCUACACGGGCAAUACGACAGAGCAAAGGCUCAAGAUCUUGCGGAUUCAUGGCGUGAUUGCAUAUGUCAUCUUGUCUACGGCAAUCUGAUUCACGAAAUUUUUGAUCAGCUUGCCCGUACCAACGAUCUCGAAGCACAUUCUCCUGCGCUCAAAGGGGCCGUUGAAUAUGCCUCCCUUCAUAUUGCCACGUUUCUUCAUCAAGUAUUUGUUCUUUCACCAGAGGGCCCUUAUUUACUCAAGCUCAUCGAGAACAUACAUAGGUUAGUUCCAUACACUAUGAUUGGUCAAACACUCCGUGUCGGCAACGCAGCGAGCAUGAUCAAUGGAAUGAGUAGGCUGUUUCUCUCCAAAGUCAGCAUAGGAGCCAUCUCGAAUUGGAUGGGUUUGACCUCGAAUGCUGCUGACGGAAUGAAUUUGAUGCAAAGGAUAAUCUCAUUAGUUCUCGAAUGGGAUGCUGCAGAGUUUCGCAAGCUUGCUGAUAAGAUCAAGUCGGACAAAGACAGCAUUUCCAACGACCACAUGGGAGUGAUCGAUAAGCAUCUAGCGUCGGACCGACUUCAACGUAAGGCGGUACAGAAGAAAAGUAUGGAAGAUCAGAUAUCGAUCAUUAUUGCGAUAUUCGAGUCUACAAACACGCAACUUGCGGAGUCUCUGACUGAUCGUCAACAUGCUUUAUGUUUAGAUUAUUAUGCAGCUAAACUUGCGAUUAGGGAUCGAGAGCGUAUAGUAGAUGUUCUGUGCAACUCUGCCCCUGACCUAACGACGGCUAUCGUUUUGGAAGCGUUGGGAGCGCUCGACCCCAUGAUUCGCGUGGUCCACAAGAAUGUAGAUCUCCGGAAACAUCUCAACGCGAUAGAAACUUUUGUUACAGAUUUCAUCAAAACCACCAAGCCUAAAACAAACGAGAACAGCUCAGAAUCAAGGAUGCUAACCGUUGAGGAUUUCGUGGGGCUCAUAGCUAGAAAUCGUCACUUACUGUGGGCAUACCUUCACGACUUUUGUGGUGGCUGUCCAGAUCUAAGGGAUAUAUGGAGGGAUUGGAUGACAGAGUACGCGUUUGGACUUCUCAUAUUCCGUUCAGCAAAUAGUUUCGUGAUCCUUGCUAUCAAGCUAUUCCGGCAGCAAUCCAAUGCUGAAGCAGAUGAAGAGCCUUUCACACCUGACGUAAAACCAAGGCUCCGGGUUGCUUUUAGUAAUCUUGCGGAGGAUCAGAGAAACGCUGUUCUUGAGAAGCUCGACGCCCAUUCUAAACACCUUGCAACACUUGAGGAGCUAUCGGAACAGAAAAUGCAAAAGAUCAUUGACGCUGCACAUGGGAGUAGCCCGACUAGUGGAGGAGAUAUGCCGGGUCCUGGGAUUUUCGCAUCGCGAUGGCAGGCUCUUCUCGAUGAGACACUUAUAACUCCAUCACAGCCUAAUGGACCGCUUCGCUCAGGGAAAGAUGUUAAAGGCAUUAGAGCAGCAAGGAAGACCGACGAGCAGGGCAGUCCCGAAGUAUUAGAUACGAAGACAGCCACUUCGGAACGGUACGAAAGCACCAGAACCAUACCACCCGACGUGUCUGUCGUGAUUGAUACACUUGGACCGGAGUUUAGAAGAAUGGUUGCCAAUAUAGCACAAGAUGGCUUGCCAAAACCAUGA